CUGGCUGCAAUACGCCGACUACGAGCAAAAGGCCAGAUUCUUGCUAAAACUGACCCAAACAGUGUCAAGAGGAAAAGAGCUGAUGUUGAUGAUGUCCUAGAAAUUGUUGGAAGAGUUGAGAAAAAUGUUGCUCAGCCACAAGGUACAGAAGAAGAGAAUGAUACAGUUGAACUGGAGCCUGCCGAAAAGAAACGGCGUGAGCAGCUGGCCUAUCUGGAGUCAGAAGAGUUCCACAAAAUCCUGAAUGCCAAGUCCAAGCACACAGAUAUCCUGAAAGAGGCUGAGGCUGAACUGCAGGAGCAAUACUUUCAGCCCCUGGUGAAAAAAGAAGAAUUGGAAGAGAAGAUGAGGAGCAUCAAAGAAGUGAAAUGUCGAGUUGUGACGUGUAAAACUUGUAAUUACACCUAUUUCAAGCCUCUGGAGACGUGUGUGCAGGAUAACCAUGACUACCACUGGCAUGAUGCCGUCAAGCGAUUUUUCAAAUGUCCUUGUGGAAGCCGAGCUAUUUCCCUUAACAGGCUCCCAAAAAAGCCCUGCAGUACCUGUGGCCUCUUCAAGUGGGAGCGAGACGGGAUGCUAAAGGAGAAAAAAGGUCCGAAGAUUGGUGGAGAAACACUUUUACCAAGAGGGGAGGAACAGCCAAAAUUUCUCAAUAGUCUUAAGUGACCUGGAAUUUAUUUUUUUCACAACUUAGGGAUGGAUUUCUGUGUCUAAACCACACAUUUCUUUACUGGAAUGCCAAGAGGAUUCUGGUUUUAGGGAUGAAUGAGCAGGGUAAUCAAUUCCUUAUGAGGACAUCCACAAAGUUUCCACGAGGCCACUGCAUGGAUAUUCAGCUUUGAUC